GCCCCCUUCCUGCCUCCUUUCCGCCUCUCCCCACCCUUUUCUUCUCUCAUCUACACACCACCCACCCCCCCACUCCCACCCACCUAAAGGGCAAAGAGCAAAGACACCCUGGAAAAGCAAGGGCUAAUUCCAUCUUCUCGGAUGGAAGGAGGCCUCGGGCAGGGAUUGCGCUGUGAGUGACAACCUUUGAGGAAGAGAGAAAGAAAUCCAGAGUCUGAGCUCAGGCUCUCGGGAACAACGAAGCUCUCCACUGAUCGAGAGCACCGAGAUUUUAAGUCAAAGGAACCUAGUCCUGGGACACUCACUCUGCCUGCUUGCCUACCAGCCAUCGAGGGCAUAGGGAGCUGUGGUCGUGAGCUCCGUGUCGCUGGCAUCGCCGCGCUAGGUGCGCGCCCGGCUCUCCCAUUGGUAUGCAGCGACCAUUUCCCUGCAAGUCUCAAAGCUGGAAACAUUUAAACGGAUUACAAGCGUGAUUCGGUAGCCUUUCGGAAAGUUGGUGGCCAGAAGAGGAGAAGCUACAAGGCUACAGUAUGAUGGAUACAAUUCAGCUUCCCAGAGAGUUUGCCCCUCCUGCUGGGAAGCCCCUCGGAGCAAACCUCGGAGAUCUUGAGCACUCUGCACCAUAGUUUUGUAAUCAACCACGAACGAUGAAACCUUCCAUAGCUGAGAUGCUUCACAGAGGAAGGAUGUUGUGGAUAAUUCUUCUAAGCACAAUUGCUCUAGGAUGGACUACCCCGAUUCCCCUAAUAGAGGACUCAGAGGAAAUAGAUGAGCCCUGUUUUGAUCCAUGCUACUGUGAAGUUAAAGAAAGCCUCUUUCAUAUACAUUGUGACAGUAAAGGAUUUACAAAUAUUAGUCAGAUUACCGAGUUCUGGUCAAGACCUUUUAAACUGUAUCUGCAGAGGAAUUCUAUGAGGAAAUUAUACACCAACAGUUUUCUUCAUUUGAAUAAUGCUGUGUCUAUUAAUCUUGGGAACAAUGCAUUGCAGGACAUUCAGACUGGAGCUUUCAAUGGUCUUAAGAUUUUAAAGAGACUAUAUCUACAUGAAAACAAACUGGAUGUCUUCAGAAAUGACACCUUCCUCGGCUUGGAAAGUCUAGAAUAUCUACAGGCAGACUACAAUGUCAUUAAACGUAUUGAGAGUGGGGCAUUUCGGAACCUAAGUAAAUUGAGGGUUCUGAUUUUAAAUGAUAAUCUCAUCCCCAUGCUUCCAACCAAUUUAUUUAAGGCUGUCUCUUUAACCCAUUUGGACCUACGUGGAAAUAGGUUAAAGGUUCUUUUUUACCGAGGAAUGCUAGAUCACAUUGGCAGAAGCCUGAUGGAGCUCCAGCUGGAAGAAAACCCUUGGAACUGUACAUGUGAAAUUGUACAACUGAAGAGUUGGCUGGAACGCAUUCCUUAUACUGCCCUGGUGGGAGACAUUACCUGUGAGACCCCUUUCCACUUCCAUGGAAAGGACCUACGAGAAAUCAGGAAGACAGAACUCUGUCCCUUGUUGUCUGACUCUGAGGUAGAGGCUAGUUUGGGAAUUCCUCAUUUGUCCUCAAGUAAAGAGAAUGCAUGGCCCACUAAGCCUUCUUCGAUGCUAUCCUCUGUUCAUUUCACUGCUUCUUCUGUUGAAUACAAGUCCUCAAAUAAACAGCCUAAGCCCACCAAACAGCCUCGAACACCAAGGCCACCCUCCACCUCCCAAGCUUUAUAUCCUGGUCCAAACCAGCCUCCCAUUGCUCCUUAUCAGACCAGACCACCAAUCCCCAUUAUAUGCCCCACUGGGUGUACCUGUAAUUUGCACAUCAAUGACCUUGGCUUGACUGUCAACUGCAAAGAGCGAGGAUUUAAUAACAUUUCUGAACUUCUUCCAAGGCCCUUGAACGCCAAGAAACUGUAUCUGAGUAGCAAUCUGAUUCAGAAAAUAUACCGUUCUGAUUUUUGGAAUUUUUCUUCCUUGGAUCUCUUGCAUCUGGGGAACAAUCGUAUUUCCUAUGUCCAAGAUGGGGCCUUUAUCAACUUGCCCAAUUUAAAGAGCCUCUUCCUUAAUGGCAACGAUAUAGAGAAGCUGACACCGGGCAUGUUCCGAGGCCUACAGAGUUUGCACUACUUGUACUUUGAGUUCAAUGUCAUCCGGGAAAUCCAGCCUGCAGCCUUCAGCCUCAUGCCCAACUUGAAGCUGCUAUUCCUCAAUAAUAACUUACUGAGGACUCUGCCAACAGAUGCCUUUGCAGGCACAUCCCUGGCCCGGCUCAACCUGAGGAAGAACUACUUCCUCUAUCUUCCUGUGGCUGGUGUCCUGGAACACUUGAAUGCCAUUGUCCAGAUAGACCUCAAUGAGAAUCCUUGGGACUGCACUUGUGACCUGGUCCCCUUUAAACAGUGGAUCGAAACCAUCAGCUCAGUCAGUGUGGUUGGUGAUGUGCUUUGCAGGAGCCCUGAGAACCUCACGCACCGUGAUGUGCGCACUAUUGAGCUGGAAGUUCUUUGCCCAGAGAUGCUGCACAUUGCACCAGCUGGAGCAUCCCCAGCCCAGCCUGGAGAUUCUCACCUUAUUGGGGCACCAACCAGUGCAUCACCUUAUGAGUUUUCUCCUCCUGGGGGCCCUGUGCCACUUUCUGUGUUAAUUCUCAGCCUGCUGGUUCUGUUUUUCUCAGCAGUCUUUGUUGCUGCAGGCCUCUUUGCCUAUGUGCUCCGACGGCGUCGAAAGAAGCUGCCCUUCAGAAGCAAGCGGCAGGAAGGUGUGGACCUUACUGGCAUCCAAAUGCAAUGCCACCGGCUGUUUGAGGAUGGUGGAAGUGGUGGUGGCGGAAGUGGGGGUGGAGGUCGACCAACUCUUUCCUCUCCAGAGAAGGCCCCUCCCGUGGGUCAUGUGUAUGAGUACAUCCCCCACCCAGUUACCCAAAUGUGCAACAACCCCAUCUACAAGCCUCGUGAGGAGGAGGAGGUGGCUGUUUCAUCAGCCCAAGAAGCAGGGAGUGCAGAACGUGGGGGUCCAGGGACACAACCACCGGGAAUGGGUGAGGCUCUCCUAGGAAGUGAGCAGUUUGCUGAGACACCCAAGGAGAACCAUAGUAACUACCGGACCUUGCUGGAAAAAGAGAAGGAGUGGGCCCUAGCAGUGUCCAGCUCCCAGCUUAACACCAUAGUGACGGUGAAUCACCAUCACCCUCACCACCCAGCAGUUGGUGGGGUUUCAGGAGUAGUUGGGGGAACUGGGGGAGACUUGGCAGGGUUCCGCCACCAUGAGAAAAAUGGUGGGGUGGUGCUGUUUCCUCCUGGGGGAGGCUGUGGUGGUAGCAGUAUGCUACUAGAUCGAGAGAGGCCACAGCCUGCCCCCUGCACAGUGGGAUUUGUGGACUGUCUCUAUGGAACAGUGCCCAAAUUAAAGGAACUGCACGUGCACCCUCCUGGCAUGCAAUACCCAGACUUACAGCAGGAUGCCAGGCUCAAAGAAACCCUUCUCUUCUCGGCUGGAAAGGGCUUCACAGACCACCAAACCCAAAAAAGUGAUUACCUCGAGUUAAGGGCCAAACUUCAAACCAAGCCGGAUUACCUCGAAGUCCUGGAGAAGACAACGUAUAGGUUCUAACAGAGAGAAGAAAAUAUAUUAGUGCUUUUUUUUUUUCAAAAGAAAAGGAAAAUAAAAGAAAUAUAUCCCUUGCUCCCUUUACACUUGUCCCAAUAACUCCAUCCUCCAUCCUCACGAUCUUCCCUGCCCUGAACAAAACUAAAACCGCAUGAUAACUAGAGAAUACAGAUGUAUGCUCUCCCUUCUCAGAUGCGAUUUGGAGGAAGGGCCAUACUCAGAUCAUUAAUCAAUGAAGUGCCUUCGCAGACUUUUGCCAGCAAAUGUUAUCAUUAUUUUUUUAUACUGAAACUUGAGACUUUGUGCCAUGUAUAAGGUAUACUGGGGAUCAUUGUAUGGAUCCUAAUUAAGUAAAAUUCAGUGUGUCUUUUUAUUUUCAGUAACUAUUUUUUUUUUAGUUGUAGUUUUGAUUUAAAGGGGGGGGAACAAGUUGACAUUUGUCAUUUGUGGCUUUCUUAUCAUCAUUGCACAGAUUCUGUACAUGUAUUAACAAUGCAGUUUGCUGCAUGCCUGGAAACUGCAAGAUGGGGAGGGAGGGGGCGGGUCUUGCUCGAAUGUUCUCACUCACUAUCUUGUCUCUCAUACACAUAUCCAUCUGCAGACCGUGGUCCCUAAACCUGCAGUUUCUUCCUGCUGGUGCAGGUACACACACACACACACACACACACACACACGCUCCAUACCAUUUCCAUUCAACCCAAUCUGCUUAGUUCGGGUUUGAUCCAUUUUUCUCCUCUCCAUAGUUCUACUAUCCUUCACUGCUAGUGUACAGCCCACAACAUCUCUCCUACCACCCCGGGAAAAGUCACAUUCUAGGCUGGAUUCUACUGAAGUGGAGGCCUUUCUAGGCUGGAUUCUACUGAAGUGGAGGCCUUUCUAGGCUGGAUUCUACUGAAGUGGAGGCCUGGUGGUUUAACAGCCGAAGACACGCGCCUAGGGAUGAGCACCCUCUUUGUGACACUUCAUCCUGAUGCCAAGAUUUUUUGGAGAACAUCUGCACUUUCUUAUAUAUAUAUAUAAUAUUAAAAAAAGCAACUGGGUAUAUAUCACUAACAGCUUUGUAGGAAGCACUUUUAAUGUUUUCUCUCUCACACACAAAGAUUCAAAAGAAAUGUGCAUAUAUUUAUUCUGUAAUUUCAGUGAUUAUAAAUUGUAAAGGUAAUGUUUAAUCAUUGUAUAGUGAUUAUGCGUCUGGUAUAGCUUUCCUAAUAAAAAGUUUUUGAAAAACAUAAUACAUUAUAUAUAGAGGAUACAAAGCUUGAACCUUAAACUCCAGCUAUGCCAUGCCUUUCGUGCUCCCGUUUUA